CCGUGAGCUGUUUUUCAAUUAAAAGUUCCGAAGGAUGUGGCGGAGUCUGUGCGUAAAGGCGCAUCCAGCGCGCAGAUAUUUACGCGGGCAAACAGAGUUUCCCUUCCAGGACUGGGAAGCGUCAGAAACAGCUGGAACAUGACUUAACAUCUCCAUAACCAUCUUCCCAUAUCUGUAUCCUUUUGCGAUCGUGUUCGUGUUUUGAAAUGCGCGUUUUUUUAAAUUAGGACAUCCCUCUGGAUGUGGGAGAGCGAUGGAACAGCUGCAAGAGGAGCUCACAUGCCCGGUCUGCUGUGGAGUCUUCGAGGACCCGCGGAUGCUGCUGUGCUCGCACAGCUUCUGUAAGAAAUGCUUGGAAGAUCUCCUGGAAGCGAACCGAGGUCCGGCUUUCAGGACGCCUUUGAAAUGUCCCACCUGUCGCAAAGAGACCCCUCAUAAUGGCUCAAACAGCCUGCAGAUCAACUACUCUCUGCGCGGGAUCGUCGACAAGUUCAGCAAAAUUAAAGCAAUGCCCAGAACGUCUGAUUGCAAACAACACUGCGGGCAGCCGCUUAAUAUGUUCUGCUCCACCGAUUUGAGGCUCAUUUGCGGAAUUUGCGCAACGACCGACGAGCACAAGGGGCACGACUUCAGCUCCUUGGAGGACGCGUAUGAGCAAGAGAAGGGGGCGUUUGCAGAGCUGCGCCAAGAGGCGGAGAACUGGCACAGCGCAGACACACGCUCCUGCCUGGAGACGCUGCAAGGGAGCAAGAAAAAGACGCUCCAGUCGGUGAGCAGGGACGCGGGGAUGGUGGCUGAAUACUUCGAUAAACUCACCGGAUCCCUCGAGUGCAAAAAAAGCGAGAUCCUUUCCGAUUUCGAAACCCUAAAGCUGGUUGUGAUGCAGGCGUACGACCCGGAGAUCUCCAAACUGACCGCUGCGCUGGAGGAGCACAGCCGCGCUCUGGAGCUGGUGAAGUCCUUCAGGAGGAUCACGGACCCGGUGAGCUUCCUGCAGCAGAUGCAGGAGUUCCGUCAGAAGCUUAAGGUCGUGAAGGAAACCCCGCUGCCCUCUGGGAAAGACAUGGACGUUGGGCCCCAUGUGCGCAACUUUGACGUGAAGAAGUGGGAUUCCCUCAGGCUGGGAGAAAUAGACAAGAUCUCAGUCCCCCAUGAGUGUGGCUCCUACCAAACAGGUGGCGCUGGGAAAACACUGCCCAAAUGGCUCGUUCUGAUUCCGAUUCUCUUCCUGUCAACACUAAUCAUCCUUUUCCUCUCCAUGCAAUACAGUGCAUCCGAUCUGAGUUCAAACAUCCAAGCCUUGAUCAACUAUUACUCCCAAACUGUUCUAUACAUUCAUGAAAUCUGUAAAGAUAUGAUAGACGAGGGCCUGGAACGUAUGUUGCAGGUCAGGGAUGCAGGUUUGCAACAAAUUUAAUGGUUCAUUUCAACUCUGUAAUGAAAUCGAUCAAAAAGUGCAUCUGGUAAAUAGAAACACUCGAUUGUU